GUAAAAUCAGUGUUUCCUGUCGGAGUGUGAAAGCUGAUGGUAAAGCCUGUAAAAUCAAAAGCCUGUGCUAUCUUUAGCGACACAUCAAGUACAGUUUUGAACAGUGUAAAAACCGCCAGUUGACCGUAUUUCACCGUAACUUUCCCAUGUACGCCACAGAGCCACUGAGGUGAAACCGAAGAGUGGGACCUCUUUUAUUUCAUCCUUCUCUAGUGUGUUAAAGACUAUGAGUAAAGAGUCCAGAAUGAGGGCAACGAUUAACCAAAAGCUGACCGAGAUGGGGGAAAGAGAGAGGCUGAAGGAGCUACUGAGGGCGAAACUCACUGAGUGUGGAUGGAAGGACCAGAUGAAGGCUCACUGCAAAGAAGUAAUCAAAGAAAAAGGCUUUGAGCACGUGACUGUGGAGGACCUGGUGGUAGAGAUCACUCCUAAAGGAAGAGCCUUGGUGCCAGACAGCGUCAAGAAAGAGCUUCUCCACAGAAUAAGAGCCUUUUUAGCUCAGCAUGCCACCUAAUUUUAUCAUUUCCUUAGACCACUAACUUGCCUAUACUAUCAUGAUAAAGAAUAUUUUUAACUUGAAUUUUAAAGAUUUCCUUUUCAUUAAAUUGAAUUUUCAGUGUAAUACUGAUACACGCUUAGCUAUUUGGUUGCAUGUAUUUACAAAUUCUGUUGCUACAGUUGUCACUUAUUUGUAAAUGUGCGUACUUUGCACAUUUAGUUGUCCUCUGUGUAUGAGAUAUGCUAUUUAAAUAAAGUUUGAUUUGUUGGACUUUUAA